AAUUCUUCAUAAACAUACUUCGUGUACACACUACACACUAUGUCUCUUUCUUGGCUCUCUUUGAUCAUCCCCUUCAUUUUAUCUGCAGCUUCAAUUUCUGGACGGAAACUCGACACUCCGACCCUGAGUCUACACCGUGAACACAAUCUCCGAGAUUCCAAACAUGCAGUUUCGGCAUCCAUAGCAAACGAUUACGAAACCUUCUUUUUCAACCAAACGCUCGACCAUUUCAACUAUAGACCAGAGAGCUACACUGCCUUUAAACAAAGAUACUUGAUCAACUCCAACUACUGGGGCGGUGCCAAUUCUAGUGCGCCCAUCUUCGUUUACCUUGGUGCCGAAUCGCCAAUCGACGGAGAGCCAACUACAAUCGGGUUUCUAACUGAUAACGCGGCUCAAUUCAAAGCUUUAUUAGUUUAUAUUGAGCAUCGGUAUUAUGGAGAGUCAAUUCCACUUGGGAUGACCUUAAAAGAAGCUCUCGAAGAUGCAAAUAUCCGAGGGUAUUUUAGCUCGGCCCAAGCUUUGGCCGAUUAUGCAGCCAUUAUCAUGCACGUGAAGCAGAAACUGAAAGCCAGCUUUUCUCCAGUUAUAGUGGUGGGAGCAUCAUAUGGAGGAAUGCUUGCUUCAUGGUUCCGCCUAAAAUAUCCACACGUGGCCCUCGGAGCUCUGGCAUCUUCAGCUCCGAUACUGCAUAUUGACCGUAUCACACCACAAGAUGCAUAUCAUUGGGUUAUCACCAAGGACUUUAAGGAAGCUAGUGAGACUUGCUACCAAACUAUAAGAGAUUCAUGGUCAGAGAUCGAUAGAGUUGCUCACGAACCUGAUGGGCUUUCAAACCUAAACAAGAUAUUCAAGACUUGCAAGCCUUUAGAGAGUGUGGAUGAGCUGAAGAGCUACUUGAAAUCGUUGUAUUGGAGAGCAGCUCAAUAUGAUGAUCCGCCGAUAUAUCCGGUGACAAUGAUGUGCAAUGGCAUUGAUGGAGCAAAUACUAUUGAGAAUGGCAUUCUUGGCAAAAUAUUUGCAGGCAUUGUUGCCUAUGACGGGAACUCCACAUGCUACGUCAAUCCUUCCACUGAUCUCUCUCAAACCAGUUUGGGUUGGAGCUGGCAGAAAUGCAGUGAGAUGGUAAUGCCCAUAGGCAUCACAAACAAUUCCAUGUUCCAACCACAUCCUUUCAUCUUGAGCGACUUCAUUGAUGAAUGCAACUCCUCAUACGGCGUCAUGCCUCAACUACAUUGGGUCACUACUUACUACGGUGGCUAUGAUAUAGAACUAAUUCUUCGUAGGUUUGGUAGCAACAUUAUUUUCUCAAAUGGACUUCGAGAUCCUUGGAGUAGCGCAGGGGUCCUGAAGAACAUCUCAAAUAGUAUUAUUGCUGUCUAUACAGAGAAAGGUUCUCAUUGUUUGGAUUUAUAUUCAGAGAUGCAAACUGAUCCAAACUGGUUGGUCAUGCAACGAAAAACCGAAGUUAAGAUUAUAAAAGGGUGGAUAGCUGAAUAUUAUGCCAAUCUUCUUGCUUUCAAACAAUGAUGUGAUAAUUGCUAUGGCCAAAGAUAUGGAUGAUGAAAUUAAUUCAAGAAGGUCAUUCCUAUAACAAAUGAGAAGAACAGACAAAGCCUUCGUUUCUCACCGUAAAGUUAUCCAUGUAUUUCUUUGCUCCUUUAGAACGAGCUCUUAAUCGAGGAAAGCAAAAUGACUUCACCCAAUUUUAUGUUCAAGUCAUGUAGUUCACAAUAAUUUUGAAA